AUGGUGGCGGAAACCAAUGCUUGGAACGCCCAGCUCGGAAAAAAGAAAAAAGAAACCGAAAAGGACGCUAUAUUAUACCCUAAACUUAAGGGUUUUCCCAUGACGCAGCUCCUGCGGCGUGCUGUGUCUCAGGUAUCGCGUGCAUACCGCUCCCGUCUCCAGACCGCCGCCACCGCCAAUGCAGUGCUCUCGUGUACCACUUUCAACAUUCAUGCUCCAAUUUACAGGCGCCUGGGCCAUGAUGAGGAAAGCCGUGAAAGUGGAUCCCGUGAUCUUUGGCUGAGCAGGAACCAAAAAAUUCUGGACCUGCUGCUGCAGAAGAACUCGUCAGUCGUAUGUUUGCAGGAGUUUUGGCUUGCCAACGAUGAGCUUGUGCAGCUGUACGAUCGUCGUCUGGGUGAUGCUGGUUACAAGAGGUAUAAGCUGGCGAGAACCAACGACCGGGGUGACGGGCUCCUCACUGCGGUGAAGAAGGAUGCACUCCGGGUGCUCGACUGUCGAGAGCUACAUUUCCACGACUGCGGUGACCGCGUCGCUCAAGUCCUACACCUGAAAUCCAACGACAAGAUCGGCCCUCGGGAACAGCAACAAGUUGUUCUGGUCAACACCCAUCUUAUCUUCCCUCAUGCUUCCAACUACAGCCUCCUGCGGCUGCGACAGGCGUAUAAAAUUCUCAAAUUCGUGGAACAUUUUAAGGACGAGCGCAGCCUGUCGCAUGCACCGGUUCUGCUCUGCGGUGACUGGAACGGAAGCAAGCGAGGCCAGGUCUACAGAUUCUUGCGCUCUCAAGGGUUUGUGUCAUCUUACGACAUGGCACGGGAAUACUGGGACAUCGAUGCAGAUGCACAUCGGUGGGUGAGUCAUCGAAACCACCAUGGGAACGUAUGUGGAGUUGACUUCAUAUGGCUGCUGAAUCCCACCCGACAACAACCGAUCCCCCUGAGGGAGAGCUGGAAAAGAGCCGUGUUCGGCAUCAUUAAGUUGAGUUUUUCUGCUAGCUUUGUAUACUUUGGCAGUUUAUUUUAUCUGACCUGGGACCGGUUUUCGCCUUUUCAGUCGACGCUUCUUCGUGAGCAUGGCAAACAGGGGCGAGAUGCCUUCGGUUUCUUCCUGCAAGGCAAAGAGCAUGUCACUGACCAAGAUUUCCAUGCCGCAAUCAAGCGACUCGAGCUAUCCAAGGACGAGCUAGCAGAGGAGGAUCUGGAAGGCCUGUCCAGAGAAGAGGUCGAAGAGCUCAUCGUGGCUGCAGACCUCGACGCCAACGGAGUGAUCGACUACAAAGAUUUCCAAGAGAGGCUGCUCAACCACGAGAAAAAGAGCUGGUUAACGAGGCUGUUUCAGGGGCUGCAUGAGACGAAGAGCCUAGCGGGAGCGGAUCUACAAGUGCAGCAUGCAUCAUUUUAUCCUCCACAGGUCGAGGAGGGGACUUGGCCCGAGAGCUAUUCACUUUCAGACCAUGCUCCCCUUACUGCUAGCUUUUGUCCCAGGCAGCCAGGGAUGUUAGCGCUGUAA